ACAUACACACCGAUAAACAGUGUGUUAUUUUAAAUAUUCUUUUGUGUUUAGCGCAUAAAUAAGAUAGUGAAGUUUUAUAACUCUUAACUUUUUAGAAUAAAGGAACCUGUUGAUGAACGGGUUCAAGAAGUGCUUGAAAAAGUUAUAGAAGCAAAAAAUAAUAAUAUUGGCGAAGAGUUAGAUGAUGACGAAUUAUUUGAAGAAUUAGAAAAAGAUGAUGAUUUUGCUUUGGCGAGUUUCCGUGAACAAAGAAUGGAACAAUUAAAAAAAGAGAUGGUAAAAUUACAAGAAAUGAGCCAAAAUGAACACGGAUUAUAUACAGAAGUUGCAAACGAAAAAGAAAUACUCAAAAUAACUACAAAUGCUAAAUUAUGUGUGGUACAUUUUUUUCAUAAGGAGUUCCGUAGAUGUCAAAUAAUGGAUAAACAUCUUUUGGAAAUCGCUCGUCGACAUUUCAAAACAAAAUUUGUAAAAAUUAAUGUAGAAAAUGCCCCUUUCUUAGUAGAAAAACUUCAUAUUCAAGUAUUACCCUGUGUCGUCGCAUUUGUGGAUGGAAUUUCGGUUGAUCGGAUCAUUGGGUUUGAGGAACUCGGCAAUACUGAUGAUUUUACAGCUGCAAUUCUCGAAUUUCGAUUAUCUCAAAGUGGAGUAAUUACGAAACAGGAAUCAACAAAGAAAGAAGAACGAAAGUCUAUACUUGGAUUUGCGGAAGGAAAUGAUGAUGAUGAUGAUGAUGAUUGGGAUUAAAAAACAAUAUUUAGUUAAUAAUUUUUGGUUAUUUAUAAAAAUCAUAAUUUUAAUUUUUUCAGUAAUGCGCAUGAUACCUUAAUUGUAGAUUAAUACAUACUAAAUUAUUGAAUUUUCAUCAAAUCACAUGCUUUA